AUGGAGAUACAAAUCUUAACAAUUCAGAUUCCUCAAUCGCAGAUAACGGAGGAGUUUCAUGCUGCCUUUGCUGCUCCUAAUCAGCAGCAGCAGCAGCAGCUGCAGCAGCAACAGGACAAUAGUCAGCAGCCCAGCAACAGCAGCAGCACUAAUGGAGCAGUGGCGAACGGUGUAGCUGGGGAAGGAGAAGGAAACAAUUCUACCGAGGAGCAGCAACAGCAGCAACAGCAGCAGCAACAGCAGCAGCAACAAGACAGUCAAUAUCCUCAAGAAACGCCAACUGUCGGCAUAUCUAACCCCAGCACUCCUCGCAGCAGCAGGAGCGACAGCAGCAGCAGCAGCAACAUUAGCAGCAGCAGCAACAUAAGCAUAAACAGCAACAGUAGCAUAGACAGCAACAUAAGCAUAGACAGCAACAUAAGCAUAGACAGCCACAUAAGCAUAAACAGCAACAUAAGCGACAACAGCAACAUAAGCAGCAACAGCAGCAACAGCAGCAACAGCAGCAGCAGCAGCAGCAUAACAGAUGACGGACUAGACAGUAGAUGCUAUGAAGAAUUUAUAUACGAAGGGAUAAAUCAUAGAAUUGAAUUCUGCAGCUCUUUUCUUGGUGAAUCCCCCCACGGUAAUUGUUGGCAAUGGUUCGGGAUCGUAUCCAAGAGACCUGCAGACGAUCCCAAUAUUGAUAGAGACGAUCCCAGGAGAAACGAUCCCAGAAGAGACGAUCCCAGGAGAGACGAUCCCAAUAGAAAUAGAGACGAUCCCAAUAGAGAAAGAGACGAUCCCAAUAGAGAGAGAGGCGAUCCUAAUAGAAGAAUGGACGAUCCCAAUAGAAGAAGAGACGAUCCCAACAUAGAGAGAGACGAUCCCAACAGAGAGAGAGACGAUCCCAAUAGGGAGCAAGACGAUCCCAAUAGGGAGAGAGACGAUCCCAACUUCACAGAAGGCGAUCCCAACUUCACAGAAGGCGAUCCCAACUUCACAGAAGGCGAUCCCAACCAUAUAGGAGACGAUCCCAACAACACAGAGGACGAUCCCAACCGUACAGAAGACUACAGCGAUUCAAGAGACGACGAUCCCAGCACAGAGAGAGACGAUCCCAACAGAGGAAGAGACGAUCCCAACAGAGGAAGAGACGAUCCCAACAGAGGAAGAGACGAUCCCCACAGAAGAAGGGCCGAUCUACACAGAGAUUGGUACGAUCCCAGCGGUACAGGAGACGAUCCCAGGACAAUAGGAGACUAUCCGAGUACAGUAGGAGAUGAUCCCUACCUAACAGGGAGACACGAUCCCAACGUGAUGGGAGACGAUCCCAGCACAUCUGGACACGAUCCCGUUCCCACAGAAGGCGAUCCCGACACCUGGGAGUUCCUUAUCUCUAUGCUUAUUCCUCCUCCUCCUCCCCCUGGCUUCCCCCUAAGGGAGGAGGAGACACAUAUGCCUGCGGUGGCUGUACACCUGAAGGUGCCACACGAUGCAGCAGCAGCAGCAGCAGCAACAAACAGCAUAAGAGAAGCACGAGCACAUCUAAGUAUGCAGAGACGUCUUGUUAUGCAGCAGCAAAGACAGUGGCAGCAGCAGCGGCAGCUGCAACGAGAGCUGCUGCAGCAGCAGCAGCAGGAAGACGAGCUGCUGCUGCAACACCAAGAACAGCAGCAGCUGCUAAGGAAUCAGGAACAGCAGCUGCUGCUGCAACGCCAGGAGCAGCAGCUGCUGUUGCAGCAGCAGGGACACCAACACAGGCUGCGGCAGCAGGAACACCAACUGCUGCUGCAACACCAGCAGCAGCAGCAAGGAGGGCAUCAAGUGCUGCAACAGCAGGAAGAGCAGCAACUGCUGCUGCAGCAGGAACAGCAACAUCUGCAGCAGCAGCGGGAACAGCAACAGCUACAGCAGCAGCGGGAACAGCAACGGCUGCUGCAACAGCAGCAGCAGCAGGAACAGCAACACAUGCUGCAACAACAGGAACAGCAACAUUUUCUGCAACAGCAGCAGCAGAAUGGGCAGCAGCUGCUGCAACAGCAGCAGCAAGAAGACCAACAGCUGCUGCGAGAUCAGGAAGAGCAACAUCUGCAGCAGCAGCAGCAGGAAGAGCAGCAGCUGCUGCAACAGCAGCAGCAACAGCACCGGGUGCUCCAACGGCAGGAACAGCAGUUGCUGCUGAUGCUGCGGCAGCAGCAACUGCAGCACCAGCAGCAAGCGCAGCGGCGGCAGCAAGCGCAGCAGCAGCGACAAUUGCGGCGGCAGCAGAGAUUGCAGCAGCAGCAGCAACAAUUAGGAGGAGAGCAACAGCAACAGCAGCAGCAGCGGGAGCAGGAACUGCAGCAGCAACUCCAAAUACUGGCAGCAGCAGCAGCAGAAGCAGAAGAAGCAGCAGAGGCAGCAGAAGCAGCAGAAGCAGCAGCAAAAGCGUUCUAUAGGCGUCGUUGA